AUGCGCUGCCGGAUCCCUCUUUACCUGGCAGCAGCCGCCUGCGCAUUUGCCGCUGAACAGCCGUGUAAAUGCAUCCCCGGAGACUCUUGCUGGCCAACCGAAGACCAAUGGAUCACCCUCAACGAGACCAUCUCCGGAAAGCUCAUCAAAGCGGUUCCUCCCGGAGCCGUCUGCUACCCAUCCCGCGCCGAGUUCGAUCCCGUCGCCUGCGAUGCCCUCUUGAAGCGUUGGCCUUCCUCAAGCUUCCACUCGUCCCAUCCUUUCAGCAUCCAGGGGCCGCUCCGAGCUAAUGACAGCUGCUACCCGAUUUUCCCCAACGGAACGAGCAUCACUGGUGACGUUUUGGCUGGCUCAAAAGGAUGCUCUCAGGGCUCUUUCCCUCUCUAUGUCGUCAAUGCUACUGAGGCGUCGCACGUCGCUGAGGCUGUCAAGUUUGCUCAGGGGCACAACAUGCGCCUAGUUGUCAAGAAUACGGGCCAUGCUGGGUCUGAGAAUGUUUGGACUCACAAUUUCAAAAACAUCACGUUCCACAAGCAAUUCCGGCCCCAGGGCGGCGACAUCUCCAACUCGUCUCUCGAUAUGGCCGUCACGAUAGGCGCCGGCGUACAGGCCGGCGAGCUCCAUGCAGCAAAUGCCAAGAACAACGUAAUGGCCGUCAGCGGCACAAAUCUGGACGUCGGCAUCGCAGGAUGGUCCGCAGGCGGCGGCCACGGCUACAACACGGGCGAGUACGGCAUGGGCGCCGACAAUAUCCUCCAGGCCACUGUCGUCGCGCCCUCCGGCGAUGUCCUUACCGCAAACGCCCACGUCAACCAGGACCUCUUCUGGGCUCUCCGCGGCGGCGGCGGCAGCACGUACGGUAUCCUCACCAGCAUGACGGUCAGGGUCUAUCCUUCACUGCGCGCCACCCUCUGGACCUUUGAUCUUUCCUCUCAGAAUGUGACCACGGCACGGGAGUGGUGGCGCACCAUUGCUGCAUUCUACGGCCGUCUUCCGCAGGCUCACGAGCGCGGCGCCCAGGGGUAUUACUCCGUCAUAGGACCGCCGUCUUCCGCCGGUCUCGCGCUACACGGUGUUCUGUUUGGGUGGGACAUGGCCAACGGUACCAUGAGAGACAUCGUUGCGCCCCUUCAAGAACUCUUGGACCAGUCGUUAACGGCACAUAUCCAGACCACGACGUCCUUUACCGAGUUCCCUUCCUUCUUUCAGAUGAUGCAGGCCCUUCCCUCGUCGGACCACGCCGGCACAACCCGAAGCCAGAUUGUGUCUCGGCUGUUGUCGCGCCAGGAUGGAUUCCCCAACAUUGCCAUGUCAGGAACAUUAACAGCAAGUUGGAAACCGGUGAACAACUCCCUGAACCCCGUCUGGCGCGAUACAGCCCUACACCUCGUAGCAACGCAGGGCUGGGACGCCUCGAACGCCACUGAGACCAUCGAUGCCGCCGUCGACCGUCUCAUGUACACCUCCCUCGAGGCCCUUCGCGAAUUGGACCCCACAUCGCAGGCCAGUACGUUCGAGCCAAGAUGGCAAACAUCCUUCUUCGGCGUCAACUACCCCCUUCUCCGCUCCAUCAAGGCCCGCUACGAUCCCAACGAUUUGCUCUGGUGCCCUACCUGCGCCGGUAGCGAGGGCUGGGUUCAGCAGGAGGACGGGACCCUGUGCAGAGCUUUCCGGCCGCUGUAAGAUCUGGAUAAAGCACAGGAGCUGAAUGGUUCUAUCGUUUGUGUCUUCUUGAGCUUCGGCGGUUGAUUUCCGUUGGAACCCAG